AUGAAUACAACAUCUACAAGAUUGUUUCCCGUUUUUAACAUAUCUUUGUGUGAUCUCGAACCCUUAAGGAGCGAUUCAUCUUCAUAUUUGAUGUCAUACUUAGCUGGAUCAAGCUCUGCGAACGACACUGUUGUAGCUACUAGGAGUCGUGAUAAAAACUUGUGUAAUUGUCGUUAUCCUCCAAAGUUCAUCGUAGAAAGGAUGUCGAUGUAUGAUAAGAAUCCAACUUGCAAAUUUCGCAACUGUGUUGACUCUUUGGUGGAGAUGGCAGCUGAGAAGUGUAAAUACUUCAAGUGGAUCGAUGGUGAGCUAACACCACACUACAAGCAUGCCUUUAACAAUCUCAAGUAUGAGUUGCAACUUAUGAAAGACACCAAUUACACUGGCAGGCUGUAG